AUGGACACUUACACGGAAAAAUUACGCGAGCUUGACCAGCUGACCAGUCUGCUAAUAAUCCUAAAAGAAGGCAGUUUGGAAUCGAUAUUAUUAAUGGAGUACCUCAUUUCAUUUUUCACUACGAUCAGCAACCAAAUGCUGGAGAAAGACCCGGGAACUAAAAACGAGUACUCACUAUUCAGCCUGCGUAACGACGAGAAAACCCGCAAACUACUAUCGGAGACGCUGGACUUACUCGGUUUCCCGACUGAGUGCAUUGAUAUAUUAAAACUGUCGCUCCAAAUCGUUCACGAGGACGACUGGCGGAAGCGACAGCGGAAACCUCUGGAGUUUGAGAAGGUGAAAGAUCCCGAAAAGAUGUAUGCAUAUUUACGCGAGAGGCACUCGGAUGUGGCCCGCGAUAUACAGUUCACGCUGCAGAAGAUGAUAGCUACAGUCUAUUUUGAGGCUUUGUUUAAGCAUAUCAUGGAGACGUCUGUAGAUGACUCUGAGAGGGCCACUUCCCUCGGUUCCGGUGAAGAGUUCGCUGAACAUUUUCACACUUCACUAGGCAACUCCAACAACAAAAGAGAAGAAGACAUCAUGUUUCAGGAUCUACUCACGAACAUUAAAACUUCACUUACAAGGAUGAGAGCUCAGAAAUUUUUCAAAUUGAAAUAA